UGUGUGCGCGGGGCCUCGCGGUGGCGCGGGGUCCCCGCAGUGCCGCCCGCCCGCCAGUCCGCCCGCCCGAGCGCCAGGCUCGCAGGAGCCCGGCUUUCACUUCCUCUUGCCUCCGCCCGCCUCGCCGGCUCGCCGGCUGGCGUCGCCACCGCCUCCUCGUUCCCGGCCACCGCUGUCGCCGCUACUGCAAUCCAGGACGCACACUUCCACUUUCCCGCUGGAGGCACGGAGGAAGCCCCUUGCACCAGACCCGGAGAAAUAGCCCCCGGGCCCGGCCGGAGGAGCCUUGGUGGAGAGAAAGCAAAUCCAUAUUCGGCUUUCCUUGAUGCCACUGCAGCAGCUGGCAUCUGGGAAGGCGCCCACAGAGCGGGCACGCCAAGCGGGACGCAGGAGUCGCAGAAAGAGACCCCGGGCUUCUGCCGGGCUCCACUGGCAGAGUUUGCAAGUGGCUGAGACCCCCUCAGGUGGCAGCCCUGAGCCCUAAUGCUUGACCAGAUGGAAACCCGCCAGCUUCUGCUUCCACGAGGUGGACGCUCCGAGCUUGGUCCCCAGCUGGGGAAGAGGCCAGAAAUGGCCUCCGUGAAAUAGUCCGGCCCCCACAGGCAUCAGGAGCCUAGAAAGGGCGAGAAGUGCACUGCGGGUGCUGGUGACUCGCAGAAUCGUCCUGCGGUCGCUGUUUUCGAAGUUCUUUGGGGACUCUCUGAGGCGAAGAACAAUGUAGGAAAAUGGGACCAACUCCCGGAUGUCCUGAGCCUCCAAACCCCUUUCGUGGCCCAAAGAAGCUCACCUUGAUCUCGGGAGGGCCGGUGAGCUCUGUCCUCCCUCCUCUCGGCCACAGCCAAGUGCUGGACUUGCCCUCCUGCUCUGGUCUUGGCGGUCGCCUGCGCAGAGGGCAUAAGACUGAAACCCCCCCGGGGUGCCAUCGCUAAGCGGACCUCCGAAAGGCCGCCCCCUCCCUCCCUGCCCGGAGCGCCACCCCCACCCCCGCCAGGCCGGAAUGAUCCCACUAUGGCCAAGCUCUGGUUCAAAUUCCAGCGGUACUUCCGCCGGAAACCUGUGCGUUUCUUUACCUUCCUGGUGCUCUACCUGACAGCCGGGAGCCUCGUCUUCCUUCACUCCGGCUUUGUGGGCCAGCCCGCCAUCUCCCAGAACCAGGCCAACCCCGCGGCGGGGGCCCCGGCCGAGGGCGCGGAGCUGCCCUUCCUGGGCGACUUGCAUCUGGGUAGAGGCUUCCGGGACACGGGCGAAGUCGCGAGCAUUGCCCGCAGGUACGGACCCUGGUUCAAGGGCAAGGAUGGGAGCGAGAGAGCCAAGCUGGGUGACUACGGAGGAGGAGCCUGGAGCCGAGCCCUCAAGGGGAGGGUCGUCCGGGAGAAGGAGGAGGAGCGAGCCAAGUACAUCGGCUGCUACCUGGAUGACACCCAGAGUCGGGCUCUGCGAGGCGUGUCCUUUUUCGACUACAAAAAGAUGACCGUCUUCCGUUGCCAGGACAACUGCGCAGAACGGGGUUACCUGUACGCUGGGCUGGAGUUCGGCGCCGAGUGCUACUGCGGCCACAAGAUCCAGGCGACAAACGUGAGCGAAGCAGAGUGCGACAUGGAGUGCAAGGGCGAGAGGGGCAGCCUGUGCGGCGGUGCCAACCGCCUCUCCGUCUACCGGCUGCAGCUGGCGCAGGAGUCGGCCCGCAGGUAUGGAAGUGCGGUCUUCCGAGGCUGCUUCCGCAGGCCCGACAACCUCUCCCUGGCCCUGCCCGUGACUGCUGCCAUGCCGAACAUGUCUGUGGACAAGUGUGUGGACCUCUGCACAGAGAAGGAAUACCCGCUGGCAGCCCUUGCAGGCACCGCGUGCCACUGUGGGUUCCCCACCACGCGAUUCCCCCUUCAUGAGAGGGAAGAUGAACAGCUCUGUGCCCAGAAGUGUAGCGCAGAAGAGUUUGAGAGCUGCGGGACCCCCAGUUACUUCAUCGUGUACCAGACGCAGGUCCAAGACAAUCGCUGCAUGGACAGAAGGUUCCUUCCAGCCAAGUCCAAGCAGCUCAUCGCACUGGCCAGCUUCCCGGGUGCCGGCAACACGUGGGCUCGCCACCUGAUCGAGCUGGCCACCGGCUUCUACACUGGCAGCUACUACUUCGACGGUUCUCUCUACAACAAAGGGUUUAAAGGUGAGCGGGACCAUUGGCGCAGCGGGAGGACCAUCUGCAUCAAGACACACGAGAGCGGCCAGAAGGAGAUCGAGGCCUUCGACGCGGCCAUCCUGCUCAUCCGUAACCCCUACAAGGCCCUCAUGGCGGAGUUCAACCGGAAAUAUGGUGGCCACAUCGGCUUUGCUGCACAUGCGCACUGGAAGGGCAAAGAGUGGCCCGAGUUUGUGAGGAACUAUGCCCCGUGGUGGGCCACGCACACGCUCGACUGGCUCAAGUUUGGCAAAAAGGUGCUGGUGGUACAUUUUGAGGACCUGAAGCAGGACCUCUUCGUCCAGCUGGGCCGGAUGGUCAGCCUGCUGGGGGUGGCCGUGCGGGAGGACCGGCUGCUGUGCGUGGAGAGCCAGAAGGACGGCAACUUCAAGCGCUCGGGGCUCCGGAAGCUGGAGUACGACCCCUACACGGCGGACAUGCAAAAGACCAUCUCCGCCUACAUCAAGGUUGUGGACGCGGCCCUGAAAGGCAGGAACCUCACGGGCGUGCCCGACGACUACUACCCCAGAUGAUGCGCUGGGGGCGCGGCUGGGAGGCGCACCGCGCAGGAGACUGGAGACCCCGGGACACCUGCCCACCUGUCCUCUGGUAGGGGACAGCCCCCUUGGCUGCUGUUGGCCUCCAGUGAGUUUCCUGCAUGACAAAGGAGGCUCAAGGGGAGAGAUUGUCCAGCUGGCCCCACCUGCUUACAGCCCCCUGUGGAGAUGGCAGAGGCAACUGAUUUGGGGAGUUCCAGCCACAUGGACCCUCUUCUGUCUCCCAAGUCCCCGCCCCCACCACUCUGGGUUCCCCUUGUGGGAGGGAGGGCUCCUGGGUGUCCCCGAAACAUGGGUGCCUCACCGCAAGUGUUGGGGACCUCCAUGCAGGAGCUGAAGGGACUGCUGUAAAAAAGUAGCCUGAGACGCCCUUCCCGCCUGGGCUGAGCUUUCGUAGCCUCCCCUUCUCUGCCCCACCCAGGAAGCGCUGGCACCAAGGUUGGUGCAGGCCGCUUGUGUGAAGGAAGAUUGGCUGGGAAGUCUCUCUGUGGCCUUAGGUUGCUGGCAUUCUGUGUGGGGUGGGGAAGCGCUGGUGCUCACAGUAGGUUCAUUGUCAGCACCAUGUGGGGUCCCUGGCGUCAUGAGCCCACCCCCAGCUCACACUGCUCCUGAGGAACCAUCCAGUUGCCCGUCCACUUCCAGGGCUGGAAUUCUGCCCUUUGUUUCCCCUGCUGUAUCCAGGAGGUGACCUUGGGAUGCUUGACCCCACUUCCCAGGGUUCCUCAAAGCACCAACAAUUACACCAUGUGCAGAAUCGGAGUAAAAAAUGAGAGCCCCAGUAACCCAUCUCUCCAUUGUGGGCUCCGACAUGGGUCUCACACUGCCCUCGGACCCCUACCAAUGGAUCCUCUGCUGUCUAGGUGAGAGAGCAAGGGUGCCCCAAAUCAGGUGGAACCAAACCCAAAAGUAGACCCCCACUACCUUCCCUUGGUCACAGCCCAAUGGAGCCAGCUUCCCUUGGAAAGGAGUGAAAGGAAUGGGAUGGCUCUUCAUUCCCAUACAAACGCUGCUCCCUUGAUGCUGAGACAUCAAACCAAAGGAUUCCUGAGGACCUGACUCCCUGAUCAUGGAUCGUAGAAAGCAUUGAUCCGGGAUCCCAUUGCUUCCCCCACCUUGGAGACCAGUGGCGUCACACCCAGCCCUCACCUGUGCUCCUGUACCAUGCCCCACCAUGUAGACACAAAAGCCAUAGGUCACAGCUCUUUAUAUUCUGUCUGGAGCCGCCCCCACCCCAAGCAUCCCCUCUGAAGCCUUGGGGUACAGGUAAAUGCUCGUUCCCAAACAGCCAAGAGACUAUGGAGAAGGCGAGUAUAAAGAGAUAUAUUUUUUUAAGAGGAAUACGACUAAUACAUUCCGCCCCUUGGAACCUGGCCAUGCAGAGAGAAGAGCCCAGGAAUCGCCUGUGGUUCUCCCCCUGAUCCCCUCAUCUGUAGGAUUCGGGCCACCCCAGGGCCCAGCCAGGGGGCUCUGAAUGUAUUUUGUACCACGUUUCUUUCCCCCCGGCUGAUUUCUAGUCUUUCUCAAAGCAGUAGAGGGCUUGGCCUCCCCUCCCACUCAGAGGCCAGCUCUCUCUGGGAGCCUCUUGGUCCAAGACCUGGGCCAGUUCUUCACUGGUGGUCCCCUCAGGCCACAAGCCUCUGUCAAGAUUCCUCAGGUCAACACCAUCAUUAAAAGUGAGUUUUGUUGAUAAUUCUA